UGCACGUUUUGGGAAUGUUCAUUCCCAGCCCCGAGUGAGCGCCGGAGCCGUUCGUCGAAUGGCGUCUGGGGGCUACCCGUGAGGGUGAUGGCUCAGCUGCGGCGUGCUUCCCUUUUGGACAUUCGGAAGACGCAGACGUGUCCGGAGACAGCAUGACGGCCGUGCGAGGAGCCCACGGUGCGAGCACCAGCGCCGCCAGAGAGAACGGCCACGCCGCGCCGUGCCCCGCUGCGCCCGGCGAUGACGCUCCGGCGUCGGCCACCAGCGAGCUGACGCAGACGUUGGCGCAGUUCGCCAAGACCUUUGUGCUGAUUUUCCCCAUUUACGCGCUGGGCUACUUUGAGUUCAGCUUCAGCUGGAUGCUGAUCGGACUCGUGGUUUAUUUCUGGUGGAGGAGAAUUGCCGGAGGGAAGCGGAGCCGCCUGAGCCGGGCUUUGGCGUUCUUUGAGCGGGAGGAGAGGAGCCUCGUGCCGGGUCUCAGCACCUCGGAGCUACCGCCGUGGGUCCACUUCCCGGACGUGGAGCGAGUGGAGUGGCUCAACAAGGCGGUGAAGCAGAUGUGGCCCUACAUCUGCAAGUACGUGGAGAAGCUGUUCCGCGACACGGUGGAGCCAGCGGUUAAGGAGUCCAAUGCUCACCUCAGCACCUUUCGCUUCAGCAGGAUCGACAUUGGAGACAAACCUCUAAGGGUCAAUGGGGUGAAGGUUUACUCCGAGAACGUGGACCGCCGACAGAUCGUCAUGGACCUACAAAUCAGCUUUGUAGGCAACACAGAGAUCGACGUGGACAUCAAACGAUACUACUGCAAAGCGGGAAUCGAGAGCAUUCAGAUUCACGGCGUGUUGCGUGUGCUGAUGGAGCCGUUGCUGGGCGACGUGCCUCUCGUCGGAGCGCUUUCCCUGUUCUUCCUCAAGAAGCCUCUUCUCGACAUCAACUGGACGGGCCUCACGAACGUACUGGACAUUCCCGGGCUCACCGGCCUCUCUGACAGUCUAAUUCAAGACAUCAUCUCCUCCUAUCUGGUCUUACCCAACCGGAUAACCAUCCCGCUGGUUGGAGACGUGGAACUGGCCCAGCUCCGCUUUCCCAUGCCGAAGGGAGUGCUUCGGAUCCAUUUCUUGGAAGCCCAGGAUCUGGAGGGCAAGGAUAAAUUCCUGGGCGGGCUCAUCAAGGGAAAGUCGGACCCUUACGGCAUUCUGCAGAUUGGCAAUCAACUCUUCCAGAGCAAGACCAUCAAGGAGAGCCUUCACCCCAAAUGGAACGAAGUUUACGAGGCCUUGGUUUACGAGCACUCGGGUCAGCACCUGGAGAUUGAGUUGUUUGACGAGGAUCCCGACAAAGACGAUUUCCUGGGAAGUCUGAUGAUCGACAUGACCGAGCUGCACAAAGAACAGAAGGUGGACGAGUGGUUUGACCUCGAGGAGGCUCCGACCGGGAAGCUUCACUUGAAACUGGAGUGGCUGUCUCUGCUGUCCACGUCAGAGAAGCUGGAGCAGGCGCUGCGAAGCGUGCGAGCCGACAGGAGCCUGGCCAAUGACGGCCUGUCGUCGGCACUGCUGGUCGUCUAUUUGGACUCGGCGAAGAACCUGCCGAACAACCUGUCAGAUUUCACCUGUGACGGGUUGAAGCAGGUCUUUAAAGCCCUGAAGUCGGCAAAGAAGAGCAGCAGCGAGCCGAGUCCUUACGUCCAGUUAACCGUCGGGCACAAGACGCAAGAGAGCAAGGUCCGCUACAAAACCAAGGAGCCAUUGUGGGAGGAUUCCUUCUGCUUUCUGGUGCACAAUCCCAGGAGACAGGAGCUAGAAGUGGAGGUGAAAGACGACAAGACCAAGUGCACCUUGGGUAAUCUGACCGUGCCCUUGAGUGGCCUCCUGGCCGAAGAGGACAUGACGCUGACGCGGUGCUUCCCGCUCAAGAAUUCUGGUCCCAGCUCCAGCAUCAGAUUUAAAACGGCCUUGCGGAUCCUAUCACUAGAGAAGCAGGUUUCCUCAGACCAGCCUUCUUCAGUCCGGGUCCGCAAGUCCAGUUUACCCCAACCGUCCGCCUCGACGAGAGCGUCCCCCUCCGACUCGCCGCCGCCCCAUUGUCCCACGCCGCCGCCCGCUCACGCCUCUUCCCUCACGCUGCAUUACCGGGACGGCGAGCCGUACGCCGCCAGCCCCCUGCGCAGCGUCUCCAGCCUGGGCGUCAACAUGUCGGCCUCCCAGAAGCACCUGGCCCACAAGGACUCCACGCCCAGCCUGGUCUCGGACAUCUCGCUGCCCUUCGCCACCCUGGAGCUCCAACAGAGGCUACGACAGCUGCGCAAUGGCUCCAACUCCUGCCAGUUUCCCCUGGGGGAGGUCCACCUGACCGUUCGACACAGCCCCCAACGGAACAAGCUCAUCGUGGUGGUGCACGCGUGCCGAAAUUUGAUAGCGUUCUCCAAAGACGCAUCGGACCCUUUCGUCCGCCUCUACCUGCUGCCUGACAAGAGCCGCACGGGCAGGAGGAAGACCGGCACCGUGAAAAGGACCCUCAACCCCGUUUACGAUCAGACGUUUGAGUUUAGCGUGUCGAUCGUGGAGCUCCACAGGAGAACUUUGGAUGUUGCCGUAAAGAACGGAGGGAACAUCUUGUCCAAACACAAAGGCCUCUUGGGAAAGGUGCUGGUUGAUUUAAGUGGAGAAGAUAUAGCGAAAGGAUACACGCAAUGGUAUGAGCUCAGUGAAGAUGGUUUGUCGUCGUAAAGGAGCAUCCAAGACACGUGGUGAUUUGAACCAUUUUAUUUAUGUACUGCACAUUUUUGUCAUCUUGAAUCAUUUCAGCAUGCCUUUUCCUAUCAUUUUCCCAGACUGACUGUUGUCAGAGCAUAAAAAUAUUGUAAUAUAUUGUAAUCUAAUCAUAAUGAAAGGUCUUGUCGCUGUUUGUGAUGUUGUUCGUAUGUCAUUUAGCAGUGCAUUAAAAAACGAAAAUAAAAUGUGACAAAAUUCUUACCAAAGGAGCAGAAUGAUCCCCACAAGUCGGCCAAGUAGCAAUCACGUUUAUAUUGUGUCCUGCAGUGGAUGCUUUGACUUUUGUUAUUUAUUUAGUUUGAUUUCAAACAUGGAAUGCACAUAAAAUUGAAUGCUUUAUGUAUUUUUAGGUGGACUUUGUGCAAUAUUUUUGUUUUGUUUUUGGACAUGCAUGGUCUCCACAGUGAGGACCUUUUAUGGGCAUUUUAUAAGGAUGCAAAAGAAAUAUCUAUACUUGAAUUUGGAGUUUGAUGGUGAUUCAGACCAGAUGUGAGCCAAGAAACCAGACUAGAGACAACUGUUCACGUGUGUGUGUGUGUGUGUGUGUGUGUGUGUGUGUGUGUGUGUGUUUUUUAAUAUUCGGGGCCGCCAACAAACUGUAAAGAUAAUAAAACAAAGGUUUGUAUGUUUGUUUUGCCAUGCAGUUAUAGAUGUUUGUUUAUUGGAGCUUUUUAUCUAUCAUGUGCCUUAAAAAAAAUUAAAAAAACCUCACCACAGUGUAAUUUUUGCCUUCUUAAAGCUAUUGAUUU